AUGCUAUUGACAACGCGUGAUGCACAACGUGAGAGAAGAUCGUCGCAAGCUAUUGCAGCAAUUGCUUUAGCUGAAAGAUUAAGUCUUGUUGGUAUUAAUAAUGCCGGUUUUCAAGUGGAUUCAUCAUCCGGUCUUCAUACAUCUAAUAUAGUAUCUCGAGUACAAUCACAGUCACGAUUUCAACCAGAACGGUUAUCAACAGUCGUGGAUGUUACAACAGAGGAACCAACACCUCAAAAUACAGAACCGACAACAACUUUUUCGAGAAGACGAUACCAUUGGAGAAUGAUAUAUUAUUUUUAUGUUCAUGUAGUUUUAUUUAUUAUCAGUAGUCUAUUGAGUGGUUUAAUUGUUUGGCUUAUUGAAAAUCAUUCAUCUGCACGUAAUCUCGAAAUGAAAGUAGACUAUAUUGAUGCGUGGUUUGUGGGCGGUUCAUGUGUAUGCAGUUGUGGAUUGACAACGUUAGAUUUUGCAAAGCUGUCACGUGCCUCUCAAAGUGUACUGAUGUUUUUUACAUUCAUAUCAGGGGUGACAUUCAGCACAUUGCCAGCAUUGAUUGUCAAAGCUCACACGCACAGAAGAGUCGAAGGAAUAACUGUUGAUAAUGAUCAUGGCGGUUUAGACGAUGAAAAUCCCGAUGAAUUACCAACAUUGAAUAUUCGGCGUCAACGAAAUUUACCAGAACAUCUACGAAAUCGACUGGCACAAUUGCCAACUGCAGCACAACUUCGUUAUCGUGCUUAUAUAACAUGUAUUGUUCUUAUUAUUGGUACUUGUUUUACUAUUUAUACAAUUACAUUUGUUGCUGUUGGUAGUUGGUUAUCGGGACAGUAUACAUCUGAACAAUUAUUACAAGGAAAUUCUAGUGUUAAUCCAUGGUUUUUUUCAUUUAUUGUCACUGUAACAGGUUUUAAUCAAAAUGGAUUAACACCAUUUUCAGACGGUCUUUCACGUUUUGUUGAUGAUGUUUUUCUCAAUUUAUUUCUUAUAAUGAUAGUGAUGAGUGGAACAUCACUUUUUCCUUUUCUAUUACGAAAUGUUGUUAUAUUAGUUCGUCGUCUAUCUCCAUGGAAACACAAAGUCAUAUUUGAUUAUAUUCUUCUAAAUAAUCAUCGUUUAUCUACUUUACUUUUUCCAUCUGUGCAAACUCGUAUUUAUCUGCUUAUAACUGUUUUAUUAUAUAUAUUGGGCGUUGGUAUUUCACUUAUACUCGAUUUGGAUCGUAAAGAAUUCGCUAGUUAUUCACCUGGUAUACGGUUUCUUAUAUUUCUUUUUCAAACAGUCAACACGCGCUUUUCGGGUUUUCAAACUAUUGAUAUAAAUUUAUUGGCUUCAGGAACAUUAUUAAUUUAUCUGCUACUAAUGGCAACUAAACCACAGAUGUUAUGUGCUUUAGAUGAAUCUCCAUUUGAAGUAUCUUGGUUGGCAAUACAAGCAAAAGAAGAAGCUAAUGCUGAAACAGAUUCCUUAGUGAAAGCUAAUGAUUCGUCAGAGCCAUUGGAUCAUAGUCCUCCGCUUGAAUCAAUUGAUUCAUCAUCAUUGCCAAGUGGUACUCUAACUAUGCGACAUGUACAACGUUUUCUACGCAAACAAAGUUAUACUAUUAAAAGUCGUGCUCGAGAAGAGUUUACUAAUGCAGUCCCGUCCGGCGGACGCAGCUAUAAAUCUCGACGUUUGAGAUAUUUACGUACGCGUUUGUUUCUUGUCUAUUUUGUACGAUCUCUUAUACAACAUAUAUUUACUUUUGUUAUUUUGACUCGUACUUGGCUAUUCUUUUUUAUAUUUCUUAUAUGUGCAAUUGAAUAUCGUCAAAUGGCACCUGUCGAUCCAAAUAUAACUGUAUUUAAAGUCAUUUUUGAAAUUAUAUCAGCAUUUGGAACUGUUGGAUUAACGCUUGGGUAUCCAAAUGUGGCAUCAAGUUUUGCGACUGUUCUGUCGCCAGCCAGUAAAGUUAUACUGGUUAUAACAAUGUUGAUGGGCAGACAUCGUGGUUUACUUGCAUCAAUGAAAGAUCAAGAAGCUAUUGAACAUAAUGCUGCCGAUUUGCUAAAGCGGCGAUGCGAAGAAAUUAUUAAAGAAUAUCAAAGCACAACAUUGUGCACUAAUGUUGCUGAUACAGCAAGACCAGAAGAAGCAGCCACACAAUUUUAA